GGGACCCACGGCGCCCUGUCUUGCCGAGCGUGGCGGGCGAGCCCUCCCGAUCCCCAUUUCGGGCUGGAAGUCGCAGUCUCCAGUUCGUUCCGCUCCAGGCUCCACCCCCAAUCAGCUCCCUUCCCCGCCUCCACGGCUCCACCCGAACCCGGAAAACCCUAACCCUAGAGCUCACCUGCCGGCCAGCCCGCCGCCAUGGACCUCGACGGCGACCCAGCGUUCCACCGCAGCGAGGCCAUCUCCGCCGUGCAGGACGUCGAUCAGUACUACGGUGACGACGACGAUUUCGACGACCUCUACAACGACGUCAACGUCGGCGACGGUUUCCUCCACACCUCCCACCCGCCGCCGCCGACCCAGAAAACCCCGCCGCCGCAACAGCACCAGCAGCAGCUCCCUCCCCCGGCCCAGCAGCAGCCGCAGCAGCAUCCGCCGGCCCACACCCUCCCGCCACCUCCUCCGCCGCAGGUCCCGCUGCAGCAGCAGAAGGUACACAUCCCUGGCGUGGCCGUCCCGUCUCCUAGUCUCCCUCCCGCCCAGCCCAACGUGCCGCCGCCACCUCAGCCUCCGGCCGCGCCCGCGCCGCCGCCGCCUCAGCACCACCGGAUUCAGCAGGGCGACGGGUUCCACCGCCCUGGAGGGAACUUCGGCGGCGGCCCCAUCGUGCUCGGGAACGGCGCCGCCGCUGGCGGGGGCGACGGUCCCGGUGGCACGACGCUCUUCGUGGGGGAACUCCACUGGUGGACGACAGACGCGGAUCUCGAGGCCGAGCUCAGCAAGUAUGGGCCGGUGAAGGAGGUGAGGUUCUUCGACGAGAAGGCCAGCGGCAAGUCCAAAGGGUACUGCCAGGUCGACUUUUAUGACCCUGGUGCCGCCGCAGCCUGCAAGGAGGGCAUGAACGGACACCUGUUUAAUGGCCGUCCAUGUGUUGUGGCAUUCGCCACACCGAACACCGUUCGUCGCAUGGGUGAGGCGCAGGUGAAGAACCAGCAGGCCAUGGCUGCACAGACAUCAUCUAUGCAGUCGAAGGGUGGUAGAGGGGGCGGUGGUGCCACAGGGCCACAAGUGGGUGGUAAUUAUGGUGGUGGCCGUGGAGGACCCGGUGUCGGUGGUGGAGCAGGUGGAGGUGGUGGAAAUUGGGGAAGAGGUGGUGGAGGGAUUGGUAAUAGAGGCCCUGCUGGCAAUAUGAGGAAUAGGAUGGGCCUGGCAGGUGGCCGCGGGAUAAUGGGGAAUGGAGGGAUGGUUGCACCACCGCCACCAAUGAUGCCACCGGGUGGAAUGCUGGGGCAGGGUUUUGAUCCUACUGGUUAUGGUGCAGUGGGAAGGAUGGGUGGUGGAUUUGGCGGUUUCCCUGGUGGGCCAGGGGCUAUGCCAUUCCCCGGACUGAUGCAGCCAUUCCCGCCGGUUGUUGCGCCACAUGUAAACCCUGCUUUCUUUGGACGGGGCGGGAUGGGGGCUGGUGGGAUGGGGAUGUGGCCUGAUCCCAACAUGGGGAGUUGGGGUGGGGAGGAGCAAUCAAGUUAUGGGGAUGAUGCAGCGUCUGAUCAGCAGUAUGGGGAAGGGGGAAGCCAUGGGAAAGAAAGGCAACCGGAGAGGGAGUGGUCUGGUGCACCAGAGAGGAGGCGUGAGAGGGAGAAGGAUUUGCCCCCAGUACAGGAGUGGCCAGAGAAGAGGCAUCGAGAUGAACGGGACAUGGACCGAGAGAGGAAUCGUGACUAUGAAAGAGAGAGGGAAAGAGAUCGUGACAGGGAGAGAGACAGAGAGAGGGACAGGGAUAGAGAGAAGGAGAGGCACAGGGAUGACAGAGAUCGCUAUGCUGAUUAUCACAGGCAAAGGGAUCGUGAUUCAGAGCGCAAUGAAGACUGGGACAGGGGGAGGUCAUCUGGGAUACGCAGCAGGUCGAGGGAGGCCGACCAUUCGAAGCGUAGGCGGAUGACGACUCAGUAGUGUAGCUGGAUGAGCUAUAUCUAGUGCAGAGGCAAAAACAAUCCAGGGCAGCGUCUUUUUUUUCUUCAGUCAUGGUUCAGUAACAACUAGCAACUCCUUACUGCUUAUAGCCGUGGUUGUUCUAACAUCUUGUGUCUUCGACGAUGUGUUGUAGCAAUAAUUCGAGAUGAAUUGUGUGGUUGCAACCUGCUCGGCUGUGCGAAGACCGUCUUCCCUGGAUUAAUAGUUGCUUUCUUCCCUGGAUUAAUAGUUGCUGUCUCUUGUGUAUGCAAUGUUAAAUGUCUGAAUUUCCCAAAGACGUAAUCACGGAAGAAUCUAUUAAUGUGUAAUUCCGGGAACGAUGCUUUGCAUCAUUGUUGCAGAAAA